GUGGAAGUGGGGUCUCCGGGCGGGCGGGCUCCGGGUGGGGGCGUGGAGACCGAGGGUCGAACCGGCUGCAAGAGUGGGAGCUCCAGGGUCGUGGAUAUGGACCUUUUGCAGUUCCUAGUCUACCUGUUUGUCCUGCUAGUGUCUGGGACAGGAGUCACAGACACUCAGAGGACCUCCGUGGACCCGAGCCUGGAGAUCUACAAGAAGAUGUUUGAGGUGAAGCGACGGGAGCAGCUGUUGGCAUUGAAAAACCUGGUACAGCUGAAUGAUGUCCACCAGCAGUACAAGAUCCUUGAUGUCAUGCUCAAGGGGCUCUUUAAGGUGCUGGAGGACUCCCGGACAGUGCUCCUUGCUGCGGACGUGCUCCCAGAUGGGCCCUUCCCCCAGGAUGAGAAACUGAAGGAUGCUUUCUCCCAAGUGUUGGAGAACACGGCCUUCUUCGGCGACGUGGUGCUGCGCUUCCCGAGGAUCGUGCACCACUACUUUGACCACAACUCCAACUGGAAUCUCCUCAUCCGCUGGGGCAUCAGCUUCUGCAACCAGUCGGGUGUCUUUGACCAGGGGCCCCACUCGCCCAUCCUCAGCCUGAUGGCCCAGGAGCUGGGGAUCAGCGAGAAAGACUCAGACUUCCAGAACCCAUUUAAAGUAGACCACACAGAGUUCAUUUCUAGCACCGACCCUUUCCAGAAGGCCCUGAGAGAAGAGGAGAAACGUCGGAAAAAAGAGGAGAAGCGGAAAGAGAUCCGAAAAGGCCCGCGGAUUUCGCGAUCCCAGUCCGAGUUAUAGCCCCGUUGCAGCCCAUGGUUCAAGGGGCCAGGAGGAAGAGGAGGAGGCAGCGUGGCCAAGGUGAAGCGGUGCCAUCUGGUUGGUGGUGAGAGUCGGCACCUGUGAGAGAGGAGACCAUGUUUGCUUGGCCCCCGGGAGCCGGCUUUGAGCCCAGCUGCAGGGACUGGGCCGCGGAGGCUUGGGUUUCCUCCCGCGGCCUCCCUGGAGGGAGCGUUGAAGGGACCCUGUGCUGCAAACACAACUCUGUGGAGAUGCUGGGGGAGGCAGGAGGGGUGCAGGACUGGACCCUCCCAGUGGGUUAGUGCUGAUGCUCGGCUGGCUGCUGCUCUCCAUGGGGAGGCAGCAGAACCGGGGUCUGAGCCGCGUGUGGAGGUGCCACGCCUGCUGCUGGCUGCAUUGUCACUGAGCCACACGGCACAAGGUCCAGCCCCCUGCAGAGACACAAUAAAAGUCGGCAAACCCUCUGGGCAAAUCACAGCUGGUUUGGGCCCUAGGAAGCUGUGAGGCCUUUUCCAGACAGGUGGCGAGGGGCCUGGGUUGGGGAACCAGAGGCCCUGAGAGGUGUAGAGAGCACCUUAGAGAAUGUUCCACUUCAUCAGGGAGCCCCAGGCUCUGGCAGGGCAGCAAAGUAGGGGCUUGGCUUAGGCCUCCUAAUCCAUUCUCUGCACUGUCCUUGACGAAGAGUCGGUGUUAGAAAGGGACUGGAAGUGUCCUGGGUGGGUGUUUAUCCAAGGUGACCUUGGAGUAACAUGAUCUCUAUCCUCAGCUAACUGGGGACAGUCAUAGAACAAGUACAGGAAAGAGUCAACUGUCCUUUCUGGCAAUGCUGGGAGACCCUCAGCCUGUGGGCUGCAGCUCUGCAGAAGACUGCAUUGUAAUGGCAGGGCUGCCCCAAGCUGGAUCAGUCAGGCAGUGAGCUCUCUGGUUCAGGAGGGAUGCGAGCCGAGACCCGUGGUCACCAGGCAGGGAAGCUGCAGUGGCCUGAGUGAGCAGCUGCCCUUCAGUUGUGCUCUGCCCAGGCAGAGUAAGGAGGACCUCUGGUGGGAUUUCCAGCGCUGUCUCUUCAACCUUGCAAAGCCAGGGUCUGAUGUGCCACUAACCAGAUGCACCGUGUGAGUGUGGUGGUGGAAACAGUGGCCCACAGGGUCAGGGGGUUUCCUAGUGGCCAGACCAGCUCCCAGGGUGCCUGCUGGUGGCAACAGUGAUGUCUUCAUUGGUGCUUUCAGCAUGGUCUUGGACGUCGUUCCUGUCUGUUGAGCUUCCAGACACGAUCUGUGACACCCGUGGAAAAUCUGGGUGCUCCCAGUAUCCCCUAAGACAGGGCUCCUCAGCAGUGGCACUGUUCACAUUUGGGACCAGAUAAUUCUUUGUUGUGCAGAGGUCUGUGUAUGUGUGAUAUUUAGCAGCAUUCUUGGCCUCUACUUACUAGAUGUCUGUAGUCAUCUCCCAGUUAUGACAACCAAAAAUGUCCCCAGACAUUGCGGGAUGUCCCCUGGGGGCAAAACCUCCCUGGCCACAUCCCUUCCUCCUCCUUAUCUCAGCCCCACAUCUUCCUGUGCUGUCCCAUCACUGCCCGGAAAUGCUGUUGAUAGUUCCUGAGGACCCUCCCAGGCCUCGGGGCCACUGUGUUGUCCUUGUUUUCUGCUCUUGGUCUGAGUCUGCUCUGUCUCUUCCCGACUUCUCUUUCCUCACCUGCGCCCUGAAUAAAGAGUUUACUGGCUUAGUC